AUGGAGGAAGAAGAUUUGAAUUUGCAAGAAACGCGAGUUAUUGGAAAUGCUGAUUUGGAUCCCUCAAAGAGUUAUGUUUUUGGAUAUCAUCCACAUGGAGUUAUUUCAGUCGGAGCUUGGACAAAUUUUGCCACGGAAGCAAAUAACUUUUCAAAAUUAUUUCCGGGUAUCAAUUGUCGAUUAUUAACUCUCGCUUCAAAUUUUAACAUUCCACUUUAUCGAGACUAUUUAAUGGCUCAAGGAUUGGCUUCAGUAUCACGACAAUCAUGUGAAAAUAUUUUAAAUAAAGGACCGGGUAAUUCGAUAAUGAUUGUGGUAGGUGGAGCAGGUGAAAGUUUAAAUGCUAGACCAGGUGUUUAUGAUUUGGUUUUAAAGAAAAGAUUGGGAUUUAUAAAGUUGGCUAUUCUUCCGGUAUUUUCAUUUGGUGAAAAUGAUAUAUGGGAACAAGCAGAUAAUCCUGCUGGCAGUAAAAUUUGGAAAUUUCAAAAAUCAGUACAGAAACUUUCUGGUUGGACAUUUCCACUUUUCCACGGUCAUGAAUAUGCUCCGAAUAGAGUUAAAGAAUUAACACUUGCUGGUACAAUUAUGUUGCUUCCUUAUUGGUAA